UCUUCUUUUCCAUCGGUGGAGAAGUAUUAGUGAGUAAUGGCGAUGAAGGCUGGUAGAGUUCUGAAUUUGUGUUUAGUGUGGCUUCUAAUGUCUGCCACUCUGCAGAAAAGUGCAGAUUGCCAGGGCUGGAAGAAAAUGCUUCCACAGCCCUGUCGGAAUUUGGUGUUGUAUUUUCAUGAUAUAAUCUACAAUGGUAAAAAUGCUGAGAAUGCGACGUCUGCACUGAUAGCAGCGCCUCAAGGUGCUAACCUCACAAUUUUGACUGAUCAUAAUCAUUUUGGAGAUUUGGCUGUGUUUGACGACCCAAUUACGCUGGACAAUAAUCUUCACUCUCCACCCGUUGGAAGAGCGCAGGGACUUUAUCUGUAUGACAUGAAGAAUUUCUUCAGCGCGUGGCUUGGUUUCACGUUUGUGUUGAAUAGCACAGAUUAUAAAGGUACGAUCACAUUCGCCGGAGCCGAUCCAGCUCUUAAACAGAGAGAUAUAUCUGUUGUUGGAGGGACAGGUGAUUUCUUAAUGGCGAGGGGAAUUGCAACCCUUUCAACUGAUUCCGUUGAGGGAGACGUCUAUUUCCGCCUGCGAGUGAAUAUCACCCUCUACGAAUGUUACUGAAAUAAGUAACAUAACUUCAAUUUGCAUGUAUUUCCACAUUUAAUA